AUGGAACAGCCUCCAGAAGAGGCUCCAGCCAAAUCCUUGGAACAUGAAAGCACAGCUGUGUCCUCAUCAGCCCGCGACACUAAGGGCCAGGCAGAAGACCACCAGAAGAACCAGGCCACAGGGGAGGCAGAUGACCAAACUGAUCACAGAAUAGCUGGCCAAAGUGCCAGAAGUGUGUCUGGCCAGGCUGAACCCAACAUAUUUGGUCAAACUGACAACAAAGUAUCUGAACUCAAUGGGCAUGAAACAUCAGGCCAGACAGACCGUGGUUAUGUUGCUGACCUUAGAGUGCAUGAUCAGGCUGACCAAAGAUCAUCUGAACAGGCCGAAGGCAAGGCAUCUAGCCAGGCCCAUAAUGAAGAGCAGGAACAGAGUGAUGGCCAGGAGUCUGGCCUGACUAACCGAAGAACUUCUGAACAAAGAUUGUCCACACUAUCUAACGGAGGGGCUUCCAGACAGACUGACCACAGGAUGUCCAGUGAGGCAGAGAGGAGAGCUUCUGAGCAGGCCGACCACGGGAUGUCCAGCCAGAGGGAGAGGAGAGCUUCUGAACAGAUUUACAGCGGAUUAUCCAGCCUGGCUGAGAGAACGUCUGAACAGAUUGAUGAUAAAUUGCCCAUGCCAUCUGACCAGGGAGCUUCUGAACAGACUGACCGCAGAAUGUCAGGCCAGGCUGAGAGAAGAACUCCUGAGCAGAUUAACCAAAGAUCGUCUGGCCUGGCUAACCAAGGAAUUUCUGAUCAGGUUGAUCUCAGAUCAUCUUGCCUGGUUGACCAUAAAACAUCUGUAAAGACUCACCACCCAGUGUAUGGCCAAGGCCCCAAACUACCUGAACACCAGGCUGAUCAACUUCCAGUUAAAGAGGCUGACUCCAGUGAACCUGACCAGGUUCACGUAGUAGAAAAGCAAGGUGAUCACAAAGAAGACCAGCUGUCUUACUAUGGAACACUCAGCAAGUCUGAGGACUGCGAGGACAAAGAAGCUGACUACAGAGUAAAACCCUGCAAAUUGGAGGACAGGCAAAUAGACAAUUCCAAGCUUUCAGAUGAAGUAGAAAGAGAAACCAUUAUCCAAGCCAACCCAGUUGAUGCCAAACCCACCAGUAAUUUCCAAGCAAAAGACCAAAGCUUUCUGAAAAGAUUCCCCUCCAUCCCAUCUAAAUUGGACUAUGUCACCAGUAAAGAAAAAAUUCUAGCCUCAGAAACCAACCCUGGUGUUUUUCCAGAAUUUGAGCAAGGAAGAAGAUCUUAUGGAUACCAUCAAAUUUAUAGGAGGGGGUUCCCUUCUGUAGUAUAUGAAGAUCCUUAUGAAGUUUCACUCCGAUACAUGGAAAAACAUUGCAUUCUGCAAAUAUUCCAGAUCACUGAAAACUUAGUCUAUGAAAAGCCAGAGGACCCCCUGAAUUUUAUGCUGUGCCAGGAAAUAAAACAAGACGAUGUAAGAGAAAAGAACUGGAGUGGAGGGUGCAGGUUACUUCAGCAGGCAAUCGGGAAAGGCUUCUCAGAGGAAGCGAGAGCUGAGCUGCACCUGAAGGAUGACAAGGAGUCAGCCCUGGGAACAGCUAAUAAAAAUGGAUUCCCGCUACAGAGAUCAACAAAUGCAAACGCCAUGUGGUUGGGGGAUACAUAG